AUGACUCUCUCCAGCGAGUUUGAAGCUUCCCAACACGCAGCUUUGUCUCUCGAGGAGGAUGAGAUUGACAUAGUGGGCGAGGACGAGUCUUCACAGGAACGUUUUUAUCACAAUGGGUCUUCAGCAGAGUCCGGUGCAGAGUUUGACUCCUCAGAGCCAGACUCCUCGGGGGAAAGCGAGAGCAGCUUCUGCACAGACGCACCAACCUCCAGGAAAGUCCAGAGCAGCACGGUGAAACCUCCAUACUCCUACAUCGCCCUUAUCACCAUGGCCAUCCUCCAGAGCCCACAGAAGAAGCUGACGCUGAGUGGCAUCUGUGAUUUCAUCAGCAACAAGUUUCCUUACUACAAAGACAAGUUCCCCGCUUGGCAGAACUCCAUCAGACACAACCUGUCCCUCAACGACUGCUUCAUCAAGAUCCCGAGGGAGCCCGGGAACCCAGGGAAAGGUAACUACUGGUCUCUGGACCCUGCCUCUGAGGACAUGUUUGACAACGGCAGCUUCCUGCGGCGGAGGAAGCGCUUCAAGAGAAAUCAGCCUGAGCUGGGCAAAGACGGACUAAUGUUGUACCCAGGCUUGAACUGCUACAGGCCAUAUGGACAACCGUAUUGCGUACAGGGCCAGGUGAGCCCCCCGCAUACUGCUCCUGUCCGGUACAUGCCUCUACAGGAGGGGAUCAUGAUGCCUCCCUCUUCAUAUCACCUUCUGCCACAGACUUUGAACAGAAACAGUGGGCCUAAAGACUUCAGAGUGCAGCUUUGCGCAACAGAACCAAAGCCUGGCGCGCAGAGGAAGUGCUCCUUCAGCAUUGACAGCAUCAUGAGCAAACCCUCUCAUGGCAGCCAACCGAACCAGAAUCCACGCCAAAGCCCACCCGGUUCUCUUGGGUACUCUCAGCUCAUAUCAGGUCCCGCUGCUUGUUUGGUGCCCUCUCUCCUGCAGGCGCCCAGGACUCCUUUCUGCCCCCCUGCCAUGCUGAGCUCCACUCCUUUAAUUACGGAGCACCUCAGACUGUCUUUCCCUCACUGCUGA